AUGAAUAAUGGGAAAAUGAUGAAAAUGCCUAUGCCAAGUAUUGACAGUGUGAAAGUAGCAGUACGAGUGCGGCCUUUUAGUCAGAGAGAGAAGAAUUCUGGAAGCAAAUGUGUGAUCUCCAUGAAUUCCAGGACGACCACCACAAUACAGGACCCUAAGAAUCCAGAGCACAUGAAGACGUUUACUUUUGACUUGGCGUAUUGGUCUCACAAUGGAUUUCAAAAGGAUAAAGAUGGUGUCCUCAUUUCAGCUGAUCCAAGUAGUAAAUUUGCAGGCCAGAGAGAUGUUUUCCGUGAUCUUGGCAGGGGGAUUCUGGACAGUGCUUGGCAAGGUUAUAAUGCUACUCUCCUGGCCUACGGCCAAACUGGCUCUGGAAAAAGCUAUUCCAUGAUUGGGUUUGGUGCAAACAAGGGCAUUAUUCCAAAUGUCUGUGAAGAACUCUUUCAAGCCAUUGGGAACCAGGAGAGACAUCAAGAAUAUCAGGUUACAUUCAGUAUGCUGGAAAUUUACAAGGAACAGAUAAGAGAUUUGCUGUCUAGAAACAAAAAACCUGGUGGGCUAAAAGUAAGGGAAGAUCAACAGCUAGGCUUUUACGUGGAAGGCCUGACGACAGUGCCUUGUGAGAACUACGCGCAAAUUGAAAGGCUGAUGGAACAAGGAACAAAAAUAAGGACCACAGCUUCCACCAACGUGAACACCAGCAGCAGCAGGUCCCAUAUGGUCAUCACCAUCCAGUUCAAGCAGGUUUUCCUAGACAGAGACCUCACCAAACAAUCCAGUAUUAAUUUGGUGGACUUAGCAGGAAGUGAAAGGCAGAAGUCUUCAGGAUCUGAAGGAGACAGAUUGAAGGAAGGAUCACGAGUUAACUUAAGUUUAACCAAUUUGGGAAAUGUCAUCAGCGCUCUGGCUGAUGCAGCCAUGGGGAAGAAAGUCCUGCACAUUCCCUACAGAGAUUCUGUUCUGACCAAACUGCUCCAGUCAGCUCUUGGUGGGAACAGCAGAACUGCUUUGAUAGCAGCCAUAAGUCCAGCUGACAUCUGCUAUGAGGAAACUCUAUCAACACUAAGAUACGCUGAAAGGGCUAAAAAGAUCCGGAACAAGGCGGUGGUCAAUACCUGGACACUGAUGAGGGAGUCGCGAGCAGAGAACAGCAAGCUGCUGCUCAGAUGUGGAAACUACAGGAUGGCAGAGCAGUCGGCCUUUCUCCUGGCAGAACAUGAGCUCGGGACUCAAGCUAAUCAGGUGACCUGGGCACACCUGCUGGAGCAGGCCCAGAAAGAAUGGGAGCAGCAGUAUUCUGCUAUUGCCCAGGAGCGGCAGAUGACGAAGACCUUCCCUCACCUUCUGAACAUCAAUGAGGACCCGCAGCUCACUGGGGUCCUCAAGUAUUUCAUUCAAGCCGGUUCAUGCGAUGCUGGUCAGGCUGCUUCAAAUGCUAUCAUUAUUCAAGGUUUGGGAAUUUCAGACAAACAUGCUUCUUUCACAAAUUCUGAUGGUAAAGUGACAGUAGUUCCACACAGCAAAUGCAAGGUUGUCGUUAACGGGGUGCCCAUCACAACCAGGACAAGGUUGCAGCAUUUGGACCGCAUUUUUUUUGGAUCCAACAGCGCCUACCUCUAUAUGGGGUUUCCUGCAGAGCGAGGCAGUGAGGACUUGAGCAGGUUUGAUUAUGAGUUUUUCCAGAUGGAGAGAGCGGCUGCAGAAGGAGUUAGUGUGGACAAACUUGGAGCUGCAAACAGUGGAGAUGGCAAGGCAGACCCCAGUGUCCUGGCUGUGUUUCAGGACUACAUCAAACUGAUGCCGCUGGUAGCAGAAGCAAAUCAAAUGAGUGAAGAGCUGAAGAAGGAGCUGAAAAUGGAAUUGAAAGUGAAGAAUUUAGCAUCAUCGGAUUCUAGGGGCUAUGACCUACAGAAGGAGGUCAUGGUGAAGGUGACCAACCAAAGGACUCACGAGGUGUGGAUUUGGUCAAAAACCAAGUUCAUCAAUAGGAAAUUCCUAAUGGAAGAACUUUACCAGCACUUUCUAGAUGGAGAAGAUAGCCAUGUAGCUCAAGAAGAUGACCCCUUCUGGGAUCCUGUUGAGGUGGUCCACUUGGGUUCGGCUCACAUCUGGCUCCAGUCGCUUGCCUACAGCAUGAAGUUUGAGGAGCAAGUGGAGUUUCUGAAUUGCGACGGGCUGGAGGAGGCAGUGUUGCACAUCUACAUAGCACCCUGCUCCCCAGCAGGACAAGCACAUAGUGAGGAAGACGUGGUUAUCGACCCUUUGGAGCAGCUGGGCAAGAGGAUCGAUUUCCAGAUUCACAUUGUCCGGUGUCUUGGUGUCAAGUGGCUAAAGGAAGAUGCAAAGCGGGGCAUUCAGAUAGGGUACAGAAUUUAUGACCUUCCAAACACUAUCUAUACCAAGCCUGUAUGGAAAAUUAUGAACCCACAAAUUGAAGAGACUGUCCAAUUUUCAGCCUUAAAUGCAUCUCAGGAGUUUUUGAGCUAUUUGCAGACAAAUGCUCUCAUUGUUGAUUUAUGGGGCCUUCAAGAAGGCUGUGCUGAGCUCAGUUGCCCUCAGUCGGACUUCAUGGUCACAGGUGAAGGCCCCAUCAUGGUAGACACCAAGAAAAUUUCCACUGUGAAGGAUACACGCCAGACUACAUCAAACCAGACAUCAGAACUUUAUCUGAAGCUGCUCAAGUUAGAGCAGGAGAAAGAACUGCUCAGAAACAUUAACAGAGCCCUAAGAGAAGAGAAUGUGUUUCUCAAAGAAUCACUUGAGAAACUUGGUUCUGGUCAACAAGCCCAUAAGACUUCCAACUCCCUGAAGAUAACUGGGAUGACAUCACUAUUGCCAUCAGCCAGAGAGAUUAAUCAAAUGUGUACACAGCAAGCCAGCUGUGACAGAGAAUUUGCCAAGGCUCUUAAGGUGUUCUACCAAAGCAUGAACACAGCAAGAGGGCAGUUUCUCAGACUGAGACAGUAUAAACCUCCCGAAGACGACCAAAUGCUUAGACCAUUUGUACACCAACAGUCACAGAUGUUUAAGGAUUUUGGGGACCUACUUGAAUCCAGCUUGUGGAAACUGAAAAAUGAUGUUGCUCUUAUAGUGAAAAAGAAGAGAGAAUAUUUAUUGCAUAUUAAAUAG